AUGAACAAAAUAUACACGCUAUUAUUCGGUUUGGCUGCAUGUGCAAACCCAUUCCGACCAUAUGAGGGUUCGCCAACCUACCAAGAGGAAUAUCGAGGCAGCAGUUAUACACCAAGUUUCAUCGACACGGAAUUUGGUCCCCAGAUUAUAGCGCCAGAUACUCCAUAUGUAGCAGCGGCAGGCCAAACUGUGUUAUACUUUAUCGAUACCCGGCUUAGUGCUGAAACUGCAGGGCUUAUAAAACAGCAACUCGAAAACGCAUUUGUAUCAGGCCCAGACGAGUAUAUCUCCAUCGACGAGUUUACAGCUACAGCAGAGAAGAAAAACCAUGAGACUGGUGAAACAACAUUUGUGUUCGAUCCGCUUUAUGCUAGGGUGCUAUUUGCCAAAGGUCUUAAUAAACGAAACCCGUACAUUAAGCUGGUUGAACACGAGAUCGGUGGUGGCGACUGGGUAGUGGCCUACGAGCCUGAUACUACAUGUUCUUGA